AUCUUUCCCACUUAAUACCCUCUCUCUCUCUCUCUCUCUCUCAUAGCACCAUGGCCACUAUGGGAGUAGAUGGGAAGGAUUUCUAUAGAGCGAAAGUUGACUUUGACGAAACAAAAGCUGGAGUGAAAGGAGUGUUAGACUCAGGUGUGCUGAAAAUCCCGGAGAUUUUCGUCCACCCACCGGAGAAUGUGUCUCUGGGGACAUUAUGUGAUAUGAAUCUUAAAGUUCCGGUGAUAGAUUUUGAAAGAGUUGAAGAAGGUGGAAAACGAGGUGAAAUUGUUGGUGAGAUAAAGGACGCGGCGGCGAAUUGGGGGAUUUUGCAGGUGGUUAACCAUGGGAUAGGGAGUGGUGUUAUGGAAGAGAUGAUAGAAGGUAUACGAAGGUUUCAUGAGCAACCACCGGAGGUGAAGAUGGAGUGGUACUCACGUGAGCAUGACCAAAAAGUGAAGUAUUAUUCAAAUGGAGAUCUUUAUGUCUCAAAAGCAGUAAACUGGAGAGACUCCAUAUCUUGUCACUAUGCUGAUGGUGUACUUGAUCCUAAUGCAUUGCCACACGCUUUCAGUGGAGCAAUAAAGAAGUACAUGGAAGAGAUGAUGAAGCUAAAAAACACACUAGCCGAGCUCCUUUCAGAGGCAUUAGGCCUUGAGACAGACUAUCUAACAAGCAUCGAGUGUAUGAAAACCAUAACUCUCGUCUGUCAUUACUACCCCUCUUGCCCUGAGCCAAAUCUAACUCUUGGAGCCACUAAACACUCAGACCCAUCUUUCCUCACCAUUCUCCUUCAAGACACUAUCGGUGGUCUCCAAGUUCUCCAAAAAACCAAUGGGUAGAUGUGGAGCCAAUCAAAGGGGCACUCAUAGUAAACAUCGGAGAUCUCAUGCAACUCAUCACAAAUGAUAAAUUCAUAAGUGUUCAACACAGGGUACGGGCCGCACGAAUCGGGCCUAGAAUAUCGGCCGCCUGUUUUUUCUAUCCAAGCGUUGCUAAUAACUAUAAGCCGUAUGGGCCCAUAAAGAAGCUUCUAGAAGAAACCCGCCCACCUAUAUACCGUGAAACCAGCCAUAAAGAAUAUAUGGCUUACUACAAAGAAAAAGGACUAGAUGGUACCUCAUCUCUUCCUUUCUUUAAGCUGUAGCAACCGGAUUGUAAUUUGUAGCUUGUAUGUAACUCGUUUCUUUUUAUUAUUUAAUAAAAAAAUCAAAUUGUUUUUUUUUUUUUACAAACUUAUUGAAAUUGGAAAAAAAAAAAAAAAAAAAAUUACAGAAUUGGAUUUUGGAUCACCAACCUUGAGGCCAUCUUCUCUUUGGGUCAAGCUUAGGCAACCAUCUUUUCUUCUUCUUCAUGGUUGACUUUUUAUCUGGCCAUAUCAGCUUUAACAAGGGUCCCUUCCUGCUUGGUUUAGGGUUUUGAGGCAAGUGUAUGAACACAGGAGGAAAGAUUUCAUCGUGUGUCCUGAUGCUGUUGAAUCUGAGGUACUUUUGUUCCAAGGAUUCUUUGGGUAUGUCUCUAGCUAACAUAGGAGAUGCACCACCCCAGUAGUUGGUGCCUAAUGAUGGGUGUUGUGGUGUUCUAAAUUCCAACAUUUCUCUUUGCAUCAUCUUUAAAGAUCCAAUAAUAAUAAUAAUAAUUGGU